AUGAAGAAGUCAUUGUUGUUGCUGGUGGCCCUGCUGGCUCUGUCCUCGGCCAGUCUACUUGACACUGUGAACAUCACAGAGCUGACUGAUGUCCCAUUCCUGGACCCAGAGCUAGGAGAAAGGAUUCUUGAAAUCAAUGAUAACGACUCCAUGCCAUCAGAUGAACCCCUUCUCCAUCCGCCCAUGGAGCUUGCGAGCAGGCGCAGUCACGCGCAGCCCUCAAACUUUGCAGGCACUAACCUGGAAUGGGUGACCUGGCGUGGCUUUCUUCCCAACGGAGCCGUUUCAAUAUAUAAUCGUCGUUCUCGACGCUAUGACUAUGUUUGCAAAUUCGAGUGUGAAGCUGGUUUAUACAGCCCCAAUUUGGGUCGUUACUGCUAUUUUCCCUCAGGAAAAAAGGAGUACAUUUCCUCUUCAUUUCAGAUUCUGGUGAAUAAGGAUAACUUUGAGUUUCUUGAGUGGAAGAGUAGUUCCUUUGGUUCAGUGCCCGCGAAUUCUGUUGGGACCUGCUCAGGGUCGGGUGUAUAUGUAGGGAGGAACAAGUAUGGUCUUGGGAAGGUAGUUCCUAAGCAAAAGGCCUUCUUCCUUCCCUGGAGAGGUAAAUCAUAUUGGUACAAAAGGAGGUAUGAGGUCCUGACCAUGAACAGGGGUGUGGCCAGUGAGUACAUCUCUGACAUCAAGUAUAAAAUUGAAAGCAGUAAUAUCUUCUAUUUUCCUCCAGUGACCAUACGAAUCUCUUCCAUCACCAACAAUGCAUGUACCGAUGUUGUAAAAGUAGCUAUGCUUUCAAAAACAAGCUUGGUGGAGCACAGGUGGGACAUCAGUUUUUCCAUCACUUUAGGUGCCAAAAACACCAUCAAGACUGCCAUCCCCUCUGUCACAGAUAGAAAAAUUGAGUUUGGUCCUGAGAUAACACUAGAGUUCUCAAAUGGGCAAUCGAAGUCAGAAGAAAUCUCACACUCUGUUUCUGUGGAGGUCAAUGUUCCAUCCAACCACCACUGCAGAGUCCGACUGGUGGGACAUAGGUACAAGGCAGACAUCCCAUUUACAGCCCAACUUACGCGCACCUACCGCAGCGGACGGAUCAACAAGACCAUCGUCACUGGAACGUUUCACGGUAUUCAGAUUGGAGAAGUCAGUGCUGUAGUGGAUCGCUGUCAAAGUGUACCAUUCGCCAAGCCUUGCCACUGA